CCAAGAAUUUAAUCUCUCCGUCUCUCUCGAUUCGUAAACAGAGUAUAUAAUUCGACGGAUAUAGCAUCUUUUCGCUAAUGGCAUGCUUAGAAAUGUACAACUCCAAUGGCGGUACUCCCAUUAGCCCUAGAAUCUCCUUCUCCAACGACUUCGUUGAGAUCAAACCGGAGAAGAGCAACACCGUGAGAGCAAAGACUGAGUUGUCGUCGUCUGAUUUCGAGUUCUCCGUCACGAACUACACCAUGAUGACAGCCGACGAGCUCUUCUUCAAAGGAAAGUUGUUGCCUUUCAAAGAGACGAACCAUGUUCAAAGGACUUUGAGAGAAGAGCUUCUGAUCGAGGAAGACGGAGGGUUCUCACUCAGGCCUCCGCCAUUGUCGCCGUCUUCGUCAAAGGGAAGGUGGAAAGGGCUGUUGGGCCUCAAGAGGGCAAACGGUUGUUCCAAGAAAGCGGACAAGAACACUGAUGAGCGAUUUGUUCUCUCGGAGACUAUCGUUCACAACAAACAAUCUCAGGAACAAGGGUCAACUUGGAGCGGCAUGGAGAAUGACAUGUAGAGAAUUCAGAUUUUGUCCUAGGAUUAUAUUUGGUUCCUGAUUUCAGUUUAGAUCUUUUUAUAAAUAAAAAAAAAAACAGGAAAUAAAAAUUAGAUGGUGUUUGUUGAAUUUGGUUGGUUGUACAAAAAAACUAAGUCGUUAAGCUAUAUAUGUGUAGUUGAAGAUAUUUUAUAAUUCAAUGGUGGCUUGUUUGUGUUCA